UCCAUGCUGUGGCAGAGAGCUGUGGUCCCAAGACACCGUGCAUUACAAACAUAUAGACAGGUACAGGAGGGAUACUGGAAAUACUGGGAAUACUGGGAAUACUGGGAAUACGACCACUUCAACCUGCUGCUGAAUCCACAAACUGAACAAGAGUUUGACGAGAACAAAGACUCACAGUGAAGGUAACUUUCAGGGCCGUUACUGAAGGAGGGAGUGGCUGACUGUUUCCUGUCUGAGCGUCUGCUGCUGUGACUUCAGCUUCACUCAGAGGCUAAAUGGCUUCCAGAUUAGAGGAAGAUCUCUGCUGUCCUGUCUGCCAGGACAUCUUUAAAGAUCCUGUCAUCCUGUCAUGUUGCCACAGCUUCUGUAAAGGCUGUCUGCAGAGCUGGUGGACAGAGAGAGGAAGUCGGGAGUGUCCAGUUUGUAAGAGGAGACAUUCAAAGGACGGACUGCCUCCUAACUUUGCUUUAAAGAGCCUGUGUGAGAGUUUCCUGCAGGAGAGAGAUCAGAGAGCUUCAGAGGCUCUCUGCAGUCUGCACUCUGAGAAACUCAAACUCUUCUGUCUGGACCAUCAGCAGCCAGUGUGUGACACCUGCAGAGACUCAGAAAAACACAGCAACCACAGAUUCAGACCCAUCGAUGAAGCUGCACGACAACACAAGAAGGAACUUCAGGAAACUCUGAAAUCCUUAAAGGAGAAGUUAAAGGUUUGUGAACGAGUUAAAGUGAAGUUUGAUCAAACAGCAGAACACAUGAAGGUCCAGGCCCGACACACAGAGAGGCAGAUUAAGGAGCAGUUUAAGAAGCUUCAGCAGUUUCUAGAGGAGGAAGAGGAGGCCAGGAUGGCUGCACUGAGGGAGGAAGAGGAGCAGAAGAGUCAGAUGAUGAAGGAGAAGAUGGAGGCUCUGAGCAGAGAGAUAGCAGCUCUUUCAGACACAGUCAGAGCCACAGAGGAGGAGCUGAGAGCUGAAGACGUCUCAUUCCUGCUCAACUACAAGGCUGCAGUGGAAAGAGUCCAGCAGCGCCCCCUGCUGGAUGAUCCACAGCUGCCCUCAGGAGCUCUGAUAGACCAGGCCAAACACCUGGGCAACCUGACCUUCAACAUCUGGAACAAGAUGAAGGACACGGUCUCCUACACUCCUCUCAUUCUGGACCCAAACACUACUGAUCCAGAACUCAUCCUGUCUGAAGAUCUGACCAGUGUGAGACGAGGAGAGAGACAGCAGCUUCCUGACAAUCCAGAGAGGUUUGAUUACUGCUGUGUCCUGGGCUCUGAGGGCUUUAACUCAGGGACUCACAGCUGGGAUGUCGAGGUUGGAGACAGUACAGGCUGGAGACUGGGAGUGUUAUCAGAGUCUGUCCAGAGGAAGGGAGACAUACGGUCUGGAUUAUGGAGAAUAUGGUUGUAUAACAGUGAAUACUCAGCAGUAUCCUUUCCAGCUCCAUCCACUGAUCUCAGUGUGCAGAAGAAGCUCCAGAGGAUCAGAGUGAAGCUGGACUGGAACAGAGGAAAGCUGUCGUUCUCUGAUCCUGAUACUAACACACACAUACACACCUUCACACACACUUUCACUGACAGGAUGUUUCCAUAUAUUUACACUGGGGAUGAACUCCCACUGAAGGUUUUACCAGCGAAGGUCUGUGUGACUGUAGAACAAUAAUAAUAUGAUGAUGGACUCUGAGGAUCAUGUGACUGUGUUGUCCUGGUGAACAAAUCAGCAGAAAACAUCUGGGCCAAAAAUAGAUUCCUGUAAUUUUUCAGGAGUGUAUGGAAGAUUUUAUUGUACUUUAAUAUUUGUAACCCACAGAAAACAAUCCACAAAUAUUUCUAUCUACAAAUAUGUAUUUUUACAAUUGUGAAAAAUACAGAGUGACUUCUACACACAAAACAGUUGUUACACAUUUGCGGAUUACUUCCUGUCAAUUUGUGGGUCACGUUCCAUUUGUAACUUCCUUUUUACGCAUUUGUGGAAUUUCCAAUGUCCAAUGUUUACUGCAGAGAUCUGUAAAAAAAUAUAUAGACAA